UCAACUAUCAGGUCAUCCAGUUCGUAAAAUCUGUUGUGUUCUGACAACGAGAACAGAGAGGAGCAAGAAGACUUCACUGAACAGACACAACACAUUCUGCGCCUUCAGAAAUGCACGAAUUAUGGGAACAUUUAAUUGUUACACCUUGCAUUUUCAAUUUUUCAGGCUUUUUGGUUACAGUAAAAGAGUAGCAGGAAGACCUCAGGAUUUUAAAGAGGACAGAAUGAAGCAAACCUCUGGACUUAAUGGCUGGAUCAAAGAUGCUAUAAAGAAAAGAAGGAUACAUGACCUCUAACCAAACUUGGGAGGUAACAAACUUUUGUCUUUGAGAGUCUAACAGUGUUAAUAAGGGACAUUAUGAACUUGCAUGCCAACAUUUCAAAGCCUGUGCCUAAAAGCAUCUUCACCUCUUCACACCUCAUGCCCUUUGACCCUGACACCUGGACACCGAGUCCGGACAUCAUGCUGGGUAAUGUGGUUCGUAACAGUUCGUUUGGCUGUAACAGAAGUUGGGCUGACACUGAAGCAUCUCUCUUUCCAAACGUAUCCAUCAGCAGCACUUCCAGUGAAAAAACAGAACCGCUGUCAUGGCAAAGGUGCAACGGCGAGACAAGCAAAGAGGAGUUAGUUCGGAAAAACUGGGCUGCGCUACUGAUUUUGGUUGUAGUCAUUAUUACGGUUACCGGGAAUAUUUUAGUAAUCAUGGCUGUCAAUCUGGAACGAAAACUGCAAAAUGCCACAAAUUACUUUCUCAUGUCACUGGCAGUGGCAGAUAUGCUUCUGGGACUUCUGGUCAUGCCUGUCUCCAUGGUGACCAUUGUGUAUGGUUACUCCUGGCCACUCCCUGCAUCACUGUGUCCCAUGUGGAUCUACUUGGAUGUUCUCUUUUCCACUGCCUCCAUCAUGCACCUGUGUGCUAUCUCGCUGGACCGUUAUGUGGCCAUCCGUAACCCCAUCCGACACAAUCGGUCAAACUCACGCUCCCGUGCCCGGGCCAAGAUCACGGCAGUCUGGACCAUCUCAGCAGGCAUCUCCAUGCCAAUCCCAGUCCUGGGUCUGCGUGAUCACACCAAAGUUUUCAAGGAUGGCAGCUGCCUAUUGACGGACAACUCUUUCGUAUUGAUUGGGUCCUUUGUGGCCUUCUUUGUGCCAUUGACCAUUAUGGUGGUGACCUAUUUCCUGACUAUCAGCGCUCUGCAGAGUGAGGCCACUCUCUGUCUCGACCAACUGGUGCCCAGGCCCAAAUGGAGCACAGGGUUCACUCUCAACUUCCUCCCAGGACCCUCAUUCUCGCCCUCUGAGAAAAAACUGUUCUUGCGGCGCUCGUUGAGCCGUGAGGUGGGGGCAGAGUCAGGGGUUGUGAUGCCACCUUUCGGACGGAAUACGGUGCAGUCCAUCAGCAACGAGCAAAAAGCCUCCAAAGUUCUGGGCGUGGUUUUCUUCCUGUUCGUAGUCAUGUGGUGUCCAUUUUUCAUCACUAAUGUUUUAGCGGUGGUUUGCGAGCCAGCGACGUGUGAUGCCGACGUAAUGAACAGUCUGUUGAAUGUGUUUGUGUGGGUUGGUUACCUGUCCUCCGCCGUUAACCCGUUGGUUUACACACUCUUCAACAAGACUUACCGCUCAGCCUUCGCCAGAUACAUCCGAUGCCAGUUUCAUGAGGAGAAGAAACCGCUACAACUAAUUCUGGUCAACACCAUUCCACCGCUGGCCUAUCAGUCCACACACCUGCCGCUCACUGGAUCAAUAGGCAAUGGGGAUUUCUCUCUGCCCCUUCCCAAUAAAAAACACCAUCUGUCCAAAAGCAGCAAAAAUGAGAGUGUCAGCUGCUUGUGAAUUCUCUCUGUGAACUCACAAAAUGCCAGCAGUAACCAUGGAUUUUCUUCUGGAUUUCAUCUUUGACAUUCUCCCCAUUUUACCUCUACAGAAAUAAGCUCUGACUGGUCUAAAGUAUUAGUAUUCAAAGCCCAAAUGCAUCUAUGAACGAGCAGCUUCAUGGUCCAUGACUUUAUCACAGGGUACUGAUGCAUCAAAAGACCUUUGUCUGAUCGGGAUCUGUCCUGAACCAUUGAUGUCAGUUGAAUCAAUGGCAUAAACCUUCUAGGGUUAUAAAAACUGUAUAUAAGUGUUAAGUCAAAAUUUGGGUUUGAUGUCAAGACUUGUAGGUUUUUUAUGUAGCACUUUAUAUGGCAGAGGGUGAAGUCUAAAUUCAUGGGUGAUCAGCAGUGUUUUGUUUACAGCGUCUGGUUUUGGAAAACAACUGUGGAUAAAAGUUGUAAUGUGACUAGAGUUUUUGUACUGUGUCAAAUGAUUGAGAUGCUGUAGCCUCAUUCGUAUAAGCUGACUUUUGUGCUGCUGGUUUAUCAUUUUAGCAUACGUAUACACUGAAUCCAGACACAGGACAAGAUACUGGUUUUUGGACAUUACCUAACCUUAUGAA